AUGGCCGCUGCCCCCGCCCUGGCCCUGGCCCUGCCCUGCCUCGCCCUGGCCCAGACCUCUCCCAGUAUAACCAGUAACGGCUCCAGUAACGGCACCGCCCCCCAGCCCGGGGGGGGGCUCUCGCCCGCGGGGGUGGUCGCUCUCUCGGUGAUUUUCGGGGGUCUGGGGGCGCUGGCGCUGCUGGGGCUGCUGCUGCUGGCGGCGCUGCGCCUGCGCGAGAAGCGCCGCACCGAGGGCUCCUACCGGCCCAGCCGCGAGGAGAUGGGGGGGGGCGCCAGGGCAGCCCCCCCGGGCCCCGCCCCGCUGCGCCUGCCCCCCGAGGAGCGCCUCAUCUGAGACCCCGCCCC